UCCACACCCACAGCGCAGUACACAUUCCCAGACCAACCACUCAGCCAGCAACUCUCACCUACAAUCAAUCUAUCUCCGAAUAUCACCCCGAGACAACAGGAGUAAAAGCACAUAGUUAGGCUGGCCCUACGCUGUACGGAACAAUAAUUAUUCUCUCCUCGACCUCUGGAAGACAUCUCAUACCGAAGCGAUUAUAGUCAAGAUGGCGAACGGAUGGAGCAUCAUCAUCGGCCUCAUCGUCGUCGUCAUCGCCUCCGUUUUGGCGUGGAUCUUCAGCCCCAAGGGCGAGAAUCAGACUGUGUUCAGAAGUACCCUGAUCUUAUCCUUCGUAUGCUGUUAUCUGAUGUGGGCGAUCACGUUCCUCGCGCAGUGGCAUCCGCUUAUCGCGCCUAAGAGGUCGGAUAUUCGGCCUGAUCGGGUGCCUGAGUAAAUCCCUCUUUGACUUGCGAUCCUGCUUUUGUGUUGAAGGAGUGUGAGUUCGGGAAGUGAGGCCUUUGUAUGAUGUAUGUCGAGGUGGAUCGGCAGGGUGGGUGUCUAGAAGUGUUGGUGAUAUGCUACGUACGGGCCCGUCCUGGCUUGGUUGGCGGGGAGGGUUGAAUGGGAUUAUACCCCCGUGAAUUUUGCAAGGGAUUUUCUCAUGUUUCUCGAACGUUUUGUAUAGUUCAUAGUUUAUAGGUUUUCGUUGGCACGGGUGAAGGUUGUUUUGAGUUAUGCGGAUUCGCGAAUUGCAUCAUGAUUGUAUCCUACAUUUUUCUUCUCUUGGGCGAGGGGGAGUUAUAUGUAUGUUGCGUAUACGGAGGUGGAGG